AUUAUUUUAACUUUUAAAGCUUUACAUUACCUUUAAAAUGCUCAAUUUACAUUUCUGCAAUUACCUUAGUUGAUGUUUGAUAGUAGAUCAAAGUAGUCAAUACCAUACCGGCAUAUACGUAUCAAUUUUAAUAUUAAAAUGCAAUGCUAUUGAAUAUGUUAGGAAACGACGACGUUUCUUCUGUAUAUUUGACAACAUUACUGUUGAAUAUACCCAUUGAUAACCUCCCCAAUCUCCCUUUCUUUCCCCAUUUCUUCUUCUUCCUCUAUGGUGAUCUAGUUUGUUGUUCUUUGGCGCUGUUCUUGCCAUUGGUAUUCUUGCUUCUUGCCAUUGAGCCUUCUGCUGUCAGAAUAUCUGCGUCUGUGACGGUGACGAUCCGUGCCUUUUGGUCCAACCUCCAUCGCCUCUCAGCCACCACAUGCCUCUAUCGUGCCUUUUGUAAAAUCCCAGCUUUUAUCACCUUGAUUGCUUCCAUAGCAUUAUCGUCCCCACUGGUAGAGCCGGCAAAAAGAACCCAUCCAUGCCUUGGAAAACCGGUAAAAGCUUGGUAUUUUCCAUCUUUUCUUGCUCAAGAACCAAGUUCCAAGCUUAGAACUCUCUCUCCCAAACCCAGAAUUUUCCAGAUCUGCACUGUUUCCUCCCCUUGCUGUCCGCCGGCUUCUGCUAUGUGUGAUUGCUCGGGUUUUUCCGAAUUUCCCUUCCAUGCCACCGGCUCUUCCUCAAUCUGCACUUCGGUUGGCUUGCUGGAUUUUCUGCGUUUCUUGCCAAUCACUUUCCGUGAUUUCCUUAUAGAUGAAGUUUGGGGUCCCUUAAUUGAGAUUAGUAACUUUUUUAAAGCUUUAACUGCUCUGAUUAUUCAAGUUAGUAACAUGGAGAUGUGGGAGAAAAAAAUUGUUGAGAUCAUUUGCAAGCUAGAAAAAGUAUUCCCGCCAGCAUUCUUUGACUCAAUGGAGCAUUUGGCUAUCCAUCUACCAUAUGCGGCAAAAGUUGGAGGACCUGUCCAAUUCUGUUGGAUAUCUCAAGGAGGAGAACAAGUGGUGAUUAGUGAGGUCAUGCAAUUGCCAUAUGUGGUAGAGGAAGAAUGUGUGGAGGAGGAUGAGGAUGAAGAGGAAGAGUUUGAUGGAAGGGAAACAUCAGAAGAAAAAUUGGAGGAGAAAUUAUCACGUGCUGUCCCAAAGACAGGACAUGGCAUGGAUAAAGGAGAUGACACUCCUGUAGACCCGAGUCAAAGGAAGCUGCUUAGCCUUAAUCGUCGAGCUAGCCUGAGGAAAAGAAGAGGGUUGCUUGGGAGAAUUUUCAGGGAAGAAGAUGAUGCUCGUGUUUAUAAAAUUUGGAGAUUACAUUGUCGGAACAAUUUCCAGGACGAGCAUCAUCGAGCUCAAAAGGCAUGGGUUAGGUACAAGAAAUUGCCUGAGUUCAUGCAUAAGGAUGCCUUUAAAAUUUUGUUGGCAAAAUGGGGGAGUCCAAAAUAUAUUGCACUCCAAGAAAGAGGUCAGAAAAAACGAGCAAAGGGUGACCAUGUGACCCACACAACUGGAUGCAUUUCUAUUGGGAUCCAUGAGGAUCGACUGGCAGCUAAAAGAGGAGUAAGGCUGACACCUUUAGAGUCGUACUUGUUGACUCACAUGACUCGUCGAUCUGAUGCUCCAAAAGAUGCCCCACCCACUUGGAUAUGUCCACAAGUUGAGCAAACAUAUAAUGACGCUCACAAAAAAUAUGUGGAGAAGCAUGGGCCAAAUAAGGAUUUGUGGCCACAAUGGGAUCCACUUGUUUGGAAGGAAGUGGUUGGACCCCCUAAAAAGGGUCAGAUGAGAGGGAUGUCUACAUUACAGGAUCCAGUAGAGCAUGGCAUCCCUUGGCGAUGGUAUGACAUGAGUGAGGCCUCCUCUUCUACCACUAGGAUUCUUACGAUACAAGUCCAGCAGUUGCAGUCUAAGCUUACUCAAGUUCGCGAAGAAAUGGUUGAGCGAGUUCAGACAAAGGUGGCAACAUGUAUUCAUACAGAGGUAUCACAGAGAGUAUCAGACAUGGAGGCCAGCUUUGAGAGGAGAUUCCAAGAGCACAUGCGCUUACUUAGCCAACAAUAUUCUAUGAAUGCUACACAACCCCAGAUUAGUUAUCCUUCUUUUACACCACCCCAAACUGCUGGUCCUUCUUUUAGAGGGUUUAGACCUGAUCACUUACCACCUCCUACUUAGAGACAUUGCUAUUUUAAACUUAUAUUAUAUAGGUUUAUAUAUAUGUACUACAUAUGUAUAUAUAUGAUGUGUAUGAUGAGAAGUUAGUAUAUAUUUAUUAACUUAAAGUAGUUUUAGUUAUGUAGUAUUUGGGUUUAAAUAGGCAAAAUAUAUAAUAUUAAUAAAAUCUAACAAUCUUA